GCAUGUUCUGUUUUACCUGCAGCAGGGUUCUGGGUGUACUCCAACGUUUUGUGACAUCGGUGCAAAGUUUGCUUGGAAGAAGAUAAAACGAAGGAGAGAGUCGUGUGUGCCAAACAUAUGCUGAGGACUUGAACACUUCUCUUUAUUUAUUUCACAGAAACUCAUCGUUCAGACAGGAAAAACAUCUUUAUAAAGCCGGUAUCAAAUAGGUCACCUAUAAACGUGAUAAGAAGUGGCAAACGUGAACCUUUGUGCCACAUCAGAUCAUCGGUCAUGAUUUCAGCGACGCUGAGCGUAGAGAGUCGCUCCAUCCCUCUGAGUGAUGGCAACCGAAUGCCCGUCAUCGGUCUGGGGACGUACGGAGACCCCCGUAAGACUCCUAAAGGAACGGCAUAUCAGUCUGUGAAACUGGCCAUAGACGUGGGAUACAGACACUUUGAUGGUGCUCUGGUUUACUUAAAUGAACAUGAGGUCGGACAGGCCAUCAGAGAGAAGAUAGCUGAUGGAACUGUCACAAGAGAAGAGAUCUUCUACUGCGGAAAGUUAUGGUGCACGUUUCACCCCCCCGAGCUGGUGAGGCCUGCAUUAGAACGGACACUCAAGACUUUAGGACUGGACUAUGUGGAUCUGUACAUCAUUGAGUUUCCCGUCGCAUUUAAACCGGGAGAUGUGUUUUACCCCAAAGAUGAGAACGGGAGGUACAUCUAUUACCAGAAUGAUCUGCGUGCCACAUGGGAGGCAUUAGAAGCCUGUAAGGACGCAGGGUUGACCAAAUCUCUGGGCGUAUCAAACUUCAACCGCAGACAGCUGGAGCUCAUUCUGAACAAGCCGGGACUGAAGCACAAACCCGUUUCCAACCAGGUAGAGUGUCAUCCAUAUUUCACCCAGCCCAAACUCCUGGAGUUCUGUCGACAGAACGACAUCGUCAUAGUGGGAUACAGUCCGCUCGGGACGUCCCGAGAUGCAUCAUGGGUGAAUCUGAAAUGUCCUCCGCUGUUAGAAGAUCCACUCCUGGUGUCCAUCGGCAAGAAAUACAAGAAAACUUCUGCUCACGUGGCCCUCAGGUUCAGCGUUCAGAGAGGAGUCGCCGUGAUUCCCAAAAGCUUCAGUUGUGAACGGAUCAAAGAAAACUUUCAGAUAUUUGAUUUCUCUCUCACAGAGGAGGAAACGAGUGCCAUUGAAAAGCUGAACAAAAAUGUUCGUUUCGUGGAACUGCUGAUGUGGAGUGACCACCCAGAGUAUCCAUUUCAUGAUGAAUAUUAAAACUAACCUACUGUAGAAAGCAAAAUUCGUGAGAUAUUUUGAGAAAUGUCUCUGUGUUCGUUUUGUGUUCGUACAUUGGAAUUCAAUAAGGUUCAGUGUUGUUCUUCACAAUAUCUUCUUUUGUGUACUCACGACACGAGGGUGAAUAAA